AUGUCGCUGCCAGCGCCCGCAACCCACCCCAACAUGCCGCCGUCUAAAGAGACUGCGAAGCAUGAGUGCGUUUCCGAAGACGCGCUGCAGCACUUGAAGACCUACAAGUACUCGAGCGUCGACAAGUCGUUUAUAUCGCGCUACAUCCUGAAGCACUACUGGAAUGGCUUCGUAGAGCUCCUGCCCAUGUGGCUCGCGCCGAACCUCGUCACACUGCUCGGAUUCUUCUUCAUAUUAGGGAAUAUCGCGCUGCUGGAGGUCUACAUACCGGAUCUGGUCGGCCCGGCACCGUCAUGGGUGUAUUACAGCUUCGCAUUUGGCAUGUGGAUGUACUCCACAAUGGACAAUGUAGACGGGAAACAGGCGCGGCGCACCGGCACAUCGAGCCCGCUUGGAGAGCUAUUUGACCACGGCAUUGAUUCGCUGAAUUGUACUUUGGCGAGUUUGCUAGAGACUGCAGCUGUGGGAUAUGGAAGCGGUAAGAUCGGUGCAUUUACUGCGCUUAUACCGGUAUUGCCCAUGUUCUUCUCGACCUGGGAGACAUAUCACACCCACACCCUCUAUCUCGGCUACUUCAACGGCCCUACAGAGGGCCUCAUCCUUGCAUGCACGUUCAUAUGCAUGUCUGGUUUCUUUGGACCCCAGAUCUGGUCGACGCCCCUGGUCACGUACUUCCCGAGUUUCGCUGAUUACCUUGGCGACAUGACCUUCCGGGAUUUCUGGAUACCUAUGAUCCUUUCCACAUUCUUCAUCGCCCACCUUCCCGCAUGCAUCAUCAAUGUUGCACGCGCGCGACGAGCACAGAAGCUCCCCGUGCUCCCCCUUCUCUGGGAAUGGACCCCGCUGGUCAUCUUCUGUGCAGCCACCACGGCCUGGCUCGGCUCGCCGUACUCCUUCAUCCUUAAAGACAACCACCUCGUGCUCUACUGCCUCACCAUGUCCCUCGUCUUCGGGCGUAUGACGACUAAGAUUAUUCUGGCGCAUCUCACGCAUCAGCCAUUUCCGUACUGGACCAUCAUGCUAGCGCCAAUGAUUGGGGGUGCUCUGCUGGUCAACCACCCGUACUUCACCAUCACGGGCACGACGCUCGGCCCCAUAUCGGCGAGCACGGAGCUAUGGUACCUGAGGGGCUACUUUGUGUUCGCCGCUGUUGUGUACGGCAGGUGGGCCCACCUCGUUAUUACGAGCAUUUGCAACUACUUGGGCAUCAACUGCCUCACUAUCCCCAACCGGAAACCGAACGAGAAGGCUAGCUCGAACGGGGCUGCAAAUGGAUUCCGCUCCGACAAAGGUCGCCUGGACUAA